AUGAAAAAUGGUGAAUAUGAUUUGGCCGAUUUAGUUUCUGAUCUUCAUCAUCGACUUAGAGAACACAAAUAUGAGGGUGACAAAUUGGAUUUUGUGUACAUUGAUGAGGUUCAGGAUCUAACCAUGAGACAAAUUUCCCUAUUCAAAUAUGUAUGCAGAAAUGUGGAUGAUGGCUUUGUUUUCUCAGGUGACACUGCCCAGACAAUAGCAAGGGGGGUUGAUUUUAGAUUUGAAGAUAUAAGAAGUCUUUUCUAUGAGGAAUUUGUGAUGAAAUCCAGUUGUGAAGAGGCUUACAGGACAAGUAAGCAUGUUAAAAUUGCUGACAAUUUUCAAUUAAGCCAGAAUUUUCGUACACAUGCUGGUGUUUUGAAGUUGGCUCAAAGUGUCAUUGACCUCCUCUAUCAUUUCUUUCCACAAUCUAUUGAUGUCUUGAACCCUGAGACUAGUUUGAUUCAUGACAAAACUCCAGUUUUAAUUGAAUCUGAGAACAUCGAAAAGGAUUUCACUAAAAUGUUCAAACGUGUUGGAGGUUCUGGCAAUAAUCUUACAGGUUUUGGAGCAGAGCAGGUGGUGUUAGUACGAGAUGACAUUAUUAAGAAUGAAAUCUUGAACUCUAUUGGAAAGCAUGCUCUUGUUCUGACUAUAAUGGAAUGCAAGGGCCUAGAGUUUCAGGAUGUGUUGCUGUACAAAUUUUUUGGUUCAUCAUCUAUGAAAAAUCAAUGGAGAGUCAUAUAUGAGUAUAUGCAGAAAAGAAAUCUCAUUGAACCUGAUUCUGCAAAAUCUUUUCAAAGUUUCAAUGAGGCGAAACAUAAGCUUUUAUGUUUUGAGCUGAAGCAAUUAUAUGUAGCCAUUACACGUACAAGGCACAGGCUAUGGUUUUUUGAGAAUAUGGGGGAGCAUUAUAAACCUUUAUUUGACUACUGGAAGAAAUUGAAAGUUGUCCAAGUUGGAGAAAUUCAUAAGUCAUUAGUGGAAGAGAUCCAAGUUACAAGCAGCAGAGAGGACUGGAAGUCACGUGGUGUCAAGCUUUUUCAUGAGUGUAACUAUGAAUCUUCCAAAAUAUGCUUUCAAAGAGCAGGAAAUACAGUUUGGGAAAAGUUGGCUGAGGCUGCUAGCCUUCAAGCUUCUGCACAGCAUAUUAGUGGUUCAGAUACCAAAAUGGCUCAUAUAUAUCUCAAGAAGGCUGCUGAAUUAUAUUUUUCCAUUGGAAAAUUUGAGCUGUCUGCACAAUGUUACUAUGAGUCAAAUGAGUAUGAAAAAGCAGGUACUAUUUAUCUGGAGAAAUGUGGGGACUUUAAGCUGGAGGAAGCUGGAGAAUGUUUUACUCAGGCAAGAUCUUACAAGCGUGCUGCUCAAGCAUAUGUGAAGUGCAAGCUAUACUCAAAUUGCAUUGAUGCUUGCAUUCGGGGAAAGUUGUAUGAUGAGGGGUUAAAUUACAUCCUCUUUAGGAGAAAGGAUGCAACCGAAAGUAAGAAGACAAAAAGAUACAUUGAUAAAAUUGAGGCCAAGGAACAGGAGCUUUUGGAAGGUGCUGCACGAAGUUGCAAAAAUCUUAAAGAUAACAACAAAAUGAUGAAAUUCGUUAAGGCUUUUUGUUCUAAGGAUUUAACUCGAUCUUUUUUAAGGAAUGAAGAUUUCCUUGAUGAGCUUUUGCAAUUGGAAAUUGAAUGGGGUUACUCCCUAAAUGCUUUAAGCAUAGCAAAUCAAAUUGGAAAUCUUCUGCUUGAGAAGGCUGGACGUUUUAGUGAAGCGUCGUUAGCUAUUCUACUACAUGUGUUUGCCAAAUCUUUUUCAACAGGUAGGAGCGAUGGAUGGACCAUGAAUAAGUUUACACAAAAGGAGGAGCUUUUAGAUAAGGCUAAAGCUUUGGCUGAGAAAAUUUCACUCCUCUUCUUUGAGUUUGUAUGUUUUGAGGAAAAUCUUUUAUCAGAUAGACAAGUCCCAUUGUCCAAUUUGAUGCAAUUAUUUGGUGAUUCUGUUAGACUUCAAAGUGUUAGAGGGGAAUUCUUAUCCUCACGAAAAAUUCUGAUAGUUCAUUUUAAUAUUUGGUGUUCAAAGUAUUUACAGGAUCAUGAUUUGUCUGCUGAUCUAAAAACACAUGCAGAAGGGGUUUUGUCAAAGAACCAAGUUUCUGUUGAUACACUGGUUUAUUUUUGGAAUGUUUGGAAGCAGAUUAUUGUGGAGAUUUUUGUGUACCUAAGCUGUCUUGAAAACCAAAGUGUUUGGGGAGAGCUCUGUUUGAACUAUUUGGGUGUGAAGAAGCAGUUUUCAAAAGAGAAGAUCACCUAUCUUGUUCUAUCUUCUUAUGCCUACUGGGUAAGGAAAAGUGAUUAUCCAAAUCUGCACCAGAAGGAGAAAUCAAUAAUCUUCAAUGCUAACCAGUUUGCUAAUGCUGCUCGUAAUUAUUGGAGCUCAGAAAUGACCAAUGUCGGUAUAGAGGUGUUAGAAAAGCUUAGAGCCCUUUAUGAGUUCUCAACAAAGGAUUCCUUGGCAAUGCAUCACAAGAGCAUCACUCUCAUCCAUAUGUUUGUAGUUGCUAACUCUCUUAACGAGUCCAGGUUUAUACACCACAAAGAUAUGCUUAAGGACUACCUGGAGCUACCAAGAGAUAACUUGUUUGGGACUAUAUUUCCCAUGGAUUGGAGAGAAUCAUCAACAGAGAAUAUGAUUAAACUCAGGGAGAGAGGUGAAUUCAAGAAUUCUGUCCAAGAAAUCUUCAUCAGAAACAUUAGCACAAAAAGUCAUCUGUCACAUGGAGAAAUUGUGAAUCUGGUGAUGAUAGUUAUGGGGUCGUUUAGAAAACUUAGCGGUGAGCUAUACGGACAAAUUGCUGAGAGGUCUGAAAGUCAUCCAUUAUGGAGAUCAUGCAUUGAACGUUUGGUAGAAUCAGAGCUGGGGUCUUCAUCAUCUACAAUUUCCAUUGAUCCUCUUGAACAUGUUGUCAUGGUUCAAAAAUUCCAUGAAGCUUUAAAAUACUACUACUUUUCAGACUUGAUAAGUGAGAGUGUGACACCAGGAUGUCUCAUGUACCUCGUGGAGCGCCUUCUGCUUCUGGUGUUCUACUAUGAAGGAUUCUUUUUCUCUACAAAAUCAACAUUUCUUGAAUGGCUUAUACAUCAGGAUUGGAAUCCAGAGCUCAGUAUACAUGGUGCAUUUGAUUGGCGGUCACGUUUUGUUACUGUCCUUGACUUUGUGGCAGGCAUAGUUGAAGAACUUCUGCAUAAUGAGCAGGAUGCCACUGAAUGGAUUCAAAGUUGUAAACUUAGCUCAGAAUUCUAUCCAGUGCUGGUGUUGAGAUUGUUCACUGCUUUGUGCUUACUUUGUUUGAACUCAGGAAAGUAUUUCGAUUUACUUUUCGAGUUACUAGAAAACAAAGAGAUUUCUUCAAAACUACCACAAGAACUUUGCAGAACCAUUCAGAGACUGAAGCCAGGAUAUGCGGAUGAGAAUGUUAAUGUCUUUGCAGAGGCUUUCCAAAAGAUUGGAAAUCCGUUGGUGGUGGUGAGGUCAGGAAAAGAAUGCUUGAAGCUUGAAUGCCAAAAUGCCAUCUUUGUAGACUUGAAUAUUGACUAUGGCAGAGAAAAGUUGAUGAGCAUAAUGUUUUAG